AUGACUCUCACCUGGAAGUUAUUGAAAAGCUCCUUGGAGGAGGUGUCAUUUGAGCCAGAGUUUGAAGCAUGGUCAGCUGUGUUCCAGGUGUCCUCUGCAGGUGGGUCCCAGAAGAGCAAGGAGGUUCUCAGCUCCCCGACACCAUCCGUCUCCCUUAGCCAGACAUCCGACUUCCAACACGAGUCUCAGCUGUUCACUGAGCCACACCUGGCCCAGAUGGAGAAAAUGUUUCAAGAUAAGGUCGACUCGACUGGAGCCCUGGACAUGAAGACUUUCUUUGAGGGUGUGAAGAAGAUUCUGAGCAAUAUGUCCAACGAGAUGAUAGAGGCGCUGUUUUUGAAGGUGGACAUGAACUGUGAUGGCUCCAUCACCUAGCAGGAGUACCUGGACUACGUGAUGCGUGAGUUCAAGGGGAAGGAGAAGAUGAUGAGGAGCCAGUGCCACCUGCGCUUCCACCUUCCUAUGAGGAUCAUACCCCUGAAUCAUGGGUGUGAGAUUGUGAAAGUGGAGUUCUUAGUCCAGCGGUUCAAGAAGAUUGGGCAUAUCCUGACUGUCACCAAGGACGGGAUCCUGCAGUUCUGGUCGGAGUCCUUCUCUCUGACCAGCUCCUUUAGGCUUUACCAGAUCCAUCUGCUCCACAACCAGCAGAUGUGGGUCAUCGACAUGGUGUGUCUACACAACAUGAACCUGGUUGCGAUUGCGUCGACCGACCAGAAGAUAGAGUUCUUUGAUAUCAGUAACCGUAAACGUGUCCGGGCCUUCACCUUCAUCGAUCUGGACAGCUGCUUCCUGACCUUGAACUACUGGUCUGACUAUCACAGGGCUGUGUUCUGCUAUGGGGACACCAAAGGCAAUGUCAUCAUCUUCACCUCCAACGAUGUGACCAAUGGGCUGUUCAACCCCCUAAUCCUCCCCAGGGCCUCCAGCUGGGAUCACUGGACCAAUGUUUCCACACGGAAGCUCUUAAAUGAGAAGUCCCCUAUGUAUAGAAGUUACCGGCUGAGGGCUCUCCACCCCAACUGGUGUCAACAGGUCAAGUUCAUCCCCCAGCUGAACCUGGUGGCUUCCUGUUCAGCCAUCGACAAGUCCUCUCUGGUGCUGACCAUAUUGCCGCCCAAAGUCCCAGAGAGCCUCAAGUUUUCAGUGCUGAAUUUAAGAAAAGAGAUUCUUUGCUUUGAUUACUGCCCAGAAAAGAAUGUCCUGGUGCCUGGUGGCCAUGACCCCCUUAUCCGCCUGUGGAACCCCUUCUUCUCGAAAAAGCCUGUGUGGCUGAUGAAGGGGCAUCAGACCUCGGUGACACACAUUCUCGUGAACAGCAAGCACAGCAGCAUCCUCCUCAGCAUCUCCAAGGACAAGAAUAUUCGCGUGUGGGACGUGCAGGACUAUGAAUGCCUCCAGUCCUUCUGCAGGAAGCAUUUUGCCCUGGGACACUGCCCCAUCACCAGCGCAUACUUCCACAAGGAUGACGACAGCCUCAUCUGUAGCACCUAUUCAAUUGGCAUCCUAAAAGGGUACUUGGAGACGCAGGGGCCUGGGAGAGCAGAGGAGAAGACCACGACUUACAGCACGCCCCUGUGCGCCAUCCUCUACAGCAAGGUUUUCAAGCAGGUGGUGAGCGGCUGCCUGAGCGGCGUGGUGAGCGUGUGGGAGGUCGUGAUGGGCAAGAGGAUGACGGAGUUCUCCGUGACUGGCGACCAGCACGUGGAGCUGACCGCCAUGUCCCUGGAUGAGUCAGAGGCGUGCCUACUCACGGGUCUGCGUGAUGGCACCAUGAAGAUGUGGAGCUGCAGCGUUGGUAAAUGCCUGCUGACCUUCCCCGACCCGGACCAGAUGGAGAUUAGUGGGAUUGUCCAUAUGAGCAAAGUGUUCUACAUGACUGGAUGGAGUAAGAGAAUCACUUAUUUCAUGUUCCACAAGACGAAGCCGGUGCUCUUGUGCUACCACUGGCAGACCUUCCACACGGAGGAUGUCCUAAGCAUGGCCAGCUACCAGAGCCAGUUCCUUGGGACCUCCUCCUACAAUGGGGACAUCCUCUUCUGGAACAUCAGCAUGUUCAGGCCCAUCCUCCAUUUCAACGCCUCUCAGAGCCCCUUGCCCUCACUGCCCAAGAGGGUGCAGGACGCGGAUGACUGCACCACAAUUGAGAGCCACAGGUCCAGUAAGCCCUGCGCCGAGCAGCAGAAGUGGGCACACAAACUGCACACGCAGCCCCCGGGCCCCAGCUCCAGGGCCAUGGCCAACGCCAACCUGCGGCAGAAUCUAAUGUCCACAACCCCAGUGAUGAGACGCCCGAGAGACAAGGAGCCGGCGGGGCUGGCACCCCUGCAGAAACCUCUCAGCGCCAGCAGCCUCAGUCGGUCAAGAUCACCCCAUGGCAGACCGUCAGUUUUCAGAGAGGCUGAAAGGAGAAAAGGGGAAUUCCACAAGAAGCUAUUGCUGCAGUCCAGUGCAUCGGUGGAGAAGGUUGGCCAUGCUCAGGCAGGGUCUGGGUUGUGA